ACGAGAAGGUCGGAUGGUGCCCGAAGGCCUCAGUCUACCACCCAGGUCCUUGGAGAGUCUGCUGGUGGACAGGUCGAAGUCCGAACACGAUAAGAUUCCCACCUCGGAGUUCGGUAAGCAGUUUCACGAUGUCUAUGGUCCUCUUCCACCCAUGAGCCACUCGCACCUCCACCCACCUCUUCGGCCUCACCUACCGCCGCCGCUGGCACCUCCGCCCAUGGCAUCCCCUCUCCAGCCGCUGGCCCCGCACCCUCCGCCGGGCACGCCGCUGCACCACCUCCUGGGGGAGGAGUGGCGGAGGUCGCUCGAAAGGUCCGCGCUAGAUCGCCAUCACCUCAACUCAGGUCAAAUGUCGCCCGACAGCGGCGGAGGGCCCGUCGAGCGGUCCGACUCGAGGGAAUCGCCCAUCGGCGACGUGAGCAUGAAGAGCCCGAGCUCGAUGGCCAACGGCUUCCCCCACGAGACGAAGAGCCCCUUCCAGCCCAGGGACGACCGGUCACCCUUCAAGGACGAGAUGCCCUCGAUGGCCUUCAAGUUCGAGGACCGGAUCACUGGAGAAUCACUCAUUCCGAAGGGAGAUCCCAUGGAAGCUAGGCUUCAGGAAAUUCUAAGGUUCAACAUGGAGAAGUUCUGUCAACAAAGCCUGGACACCCUGUGCCUGGCCCGGCGAGUGCGGGAACUCCUCUCCAUUCACAACAUCGGACAGCGACUCUUCGCAAAAUAUAUCCUGGGGCUCUCGCAGGGCACCGUCUCGGAGCUCCUGUCCAAGCCAAAGAGUUGGGACAAACUGACGGAGAAAGGCCGCGACUCUUACCGCAAGAUGCACGCUUGGGCCACCGACGACAACGCCGUCUACCUCCUCAAGUCUCUCAUCCCCAAGAAAGCGUGCCGUAGGAAACCUGAAACAGGCCUGACGCUUAAUGGUCUCCUGACAGGUACGCACAAGGACUCCAGCGGAGCUUUCCGGGGCCCCGAUGACAGCGUGACGGAGGAGAGAAUCCAGCAUAUCCUGACCGAGGCCUCCCGCGCCAUGACCUCCUCGACGGCCACCAGCCAGGCGGGCCAGCAGGACCAGGACUCCCGAAGCACGGACUCCAAGUCUCCCGCCAGCUCCACGCACUCCCCCAGUAGCCCGCUGUCCCGGGGAGAUUCGCGGUCGCGAAUCCGCAAAUACGACAACGACGACAUCCCGCAAGAGAAGGUGGCAAGAAUCUACCAGGAGGAACUUGUCAAGCUCAUGUCAAGGCCUCAGGAGCCCCAACUUCCGCUCCCGCGAGACCCCCAGUACCCGGGGAUCCUGUUCCCCUUCCUGGGCCAGUCGCUGCUGUUCAACAGAUCCCACGAGGAGGUGAAGCUCGCCCUCGACGCCUACCACCAGGAGCUGAGCAAGCUUCAGGGAAAUGCUGCCGUCACAGGCAUGGGCCUCGGCGCGGUUGGCCUGGGCAUGGGCGGCGGCGGAGGCCUCGGCGUAGGCGUCGGAGGACCAUCACUAGGCAUGGGCGUGGGACUCGGUGCGGGCGGCCUUCACAACGGCGCCCAAGACCUGACGAUGCCCAAGCGCGAGCAGCGGAACGGAGACGAGGAGGAGGAGGGACGCAACCCGAGCGUCACCUCCCCCUUCGGACCCAGCAGAUCCAAGGCCGAAACCAAUCUCAGCUCGGCCACCACGCCUCUGAGCAACCUUGUAACUCCCAUCACCUCCAUCGCAGCGACCAGUGGGGACGACCUCAGCGUGUCGGCGUCGCCCCUUCAGCGCAUGGCGUCCAUCACCAACUCGCUCAUGACGGGGCCGCCCAUCUCCACCGGCUCGCCCCUGACUCAGAAGCCCCUGAAGGCCGUCCUGCCGCCCAUCACGCAGCAGCAGUUCGACCAGUACAGCAACAUGAACACGGAAGAGAUCGUCAAGAAGGUGAAAGAACAGCUGAGCCAGUACAGCAUCUCGCAGCGGCUGUUCGGGGAGUCGGUUCUCGGGCUGUCCCAGGGCUCCGUCUCCGACCUCCUGGCUAGACCCAAACCAUGGCACAUGUUGACACAGAAGGGCCGAGAACCUUUCAUCAGGAUGAAGAUGUUCCUUGAGGACGAAAACGCCGUGCACAAGCUAGUGGCUUCCCAGUACAAGAUCGCCCCCGAGAAGCUGAUGAGGACCGGAGGAUACACUGCCCCUCCCCUGUAUUUAGUCGGUGGUUGUCCACUACCCGGUGGGUUAGCUGCCCCAGGGUGUCUCCCAGGGGGGUUGUCCACUUCUGGCUCACCUACCCUUCCAUCAUAUACAACAGGGACCAGCAAACCACACCACAUGAAGCUUCCUGCAGACAUCCCGAAGAGCAUGGAGUCGCCUCUUCCUCCCGUGGGGAUCCCCCCCUCGGCCUUCCACUUCCUUCACAUCCCAUGUCCUUUGACGCCAGGAUGCCGAUUCUAGACCCUCUGA